AUGAAAGGAAAGGGCUCUCGAGCUCGCUCCGGCGCCUCGGAUCGCGGAAGUAUUCGCAAGCGGGGUUCGACACGAAUUGACCGAGAUGGCGACCUUUCUAUGGAUGGGUCCGCCGCUCGCGGGCGUGGAAAGAGGGCGCGCGGCGACACGGGUCGUGCGGCUCCGGCUGGUGGACGGCCUCCGGCUCGGGACAGGACUUUAAAUGCGAUUCAGAAAGCGAUCGCCAGUAAUGCGGACUCGCAAGCGAAUAUUCGGCAGGGAACUCGAGGAGCGGGCUUGGACCAGGUCAGCGUCCGUGGCUGGAAACAGAGCAAGGCGGCUUCCAACCGUGAUGGAGGCCUUGAGAGUCUCAUCGCUUUCCUCGAGAAAAAACUCACUGCACCCGAUUCGAAAGCUGGCGCCCGCGCAAGAAUAACAAAGUCGCGAGUUGAAGGCGACACUGUAAUAGUGGCUAUCCGACCCGAAUUGUUGGGUAGAAUGCUUCAGAUGAAUGGUUUUAGUUUUGCGGGUGCGCCUCUUACGAUCGAAGCGUGCGGGCCGUCCGCGAGUGGAAUGACCGAUCAACCGAUGCUCUCGGAUAUCGCGCAAAAUGGCGGUGCUCCCUCGACCGCCGAUACCAAGAGCAAGAUGACUGCGAUUUUGAGCAAGCGAUAUUAUCAACAGACAAAGUUGCUUGACCUUUCCAAGCUCGGCAGCGACCCUGAUCUUUUGGCCAUGGGCAUCUUCAAUAGCACAUCCACCGAGUCCAAGUUCUUCCCUGCCCUGAUGAAAGUCUGGGAGAUGAGCUUCGACAAUUCUACAACAAGACGUGAGGCUGUUGAGAGUGUCAGUCUUGCAGACAACCAACUCGCAAAUAUCACAGUCGUUACAAGUCUAGCCCAAGCGAUCCCCGAUUUGAAAAACCUGGACCUCUCGAACAAUAACUUCAAAGACGCGCAGUCCUUGAUCGGUUGGCGGUGGAAAUUCCGCAACCUUGAAUUCCUCGACCUUACUGGUACUCCUUUUAGCGCCGAUCCUACCUUCAAGGAGACAAUGAUGAAGUGGUACCCGAAGUUACGAGUAUUAAACAAUGUUGAAGUUCGGACAACGGCGGAGAUCGCUGCCCAGAAGAAAACACCUAUUCCUGUCCAGCCACCUCACUUCUUGGAUGAAUCGCACAUCGCGGAAACCUUUGUCCGGGCAUUCUUCGUUGGUUAUGACAAUGACCGCAACGACCUUCUCAACGGCGUUUACGACAAUCACUCGACUUUCUCCUUAAACGUUAACACAUCCGCGCCAAGGGCUCAACAAACCGAGACCGCUGGCUGGGAUCCUUACAUCAAAAAGAGCAGAAACUUACUCAAGAUCAACCACCUUCCAGCUAGAAUGUCUCGCGCCUAUAUCGGCGUGGAGAAGAUUCGCGAAGUCUGGAAUAGUCUGCCCAAAACCAAACACCCUGAGGUGGCAGCUCAUCCCAACGAAUGGCUCAUCGAAUGCUUCCCCGUGCCGGGACUUCCAGAUCCGUCCGGGCAGAGCAGCACUGGAGUGGGCGGUCUCCUGAUCAUGGUUCAUGGAAAAUUUGAGGAGCUUAGUGAUGGAAAAGUCGAGGUGCGCAGUUUUGAUAGGACAUUUAUCCUUGGUCCUGGUGGAGGAGUUGGCGGUAUCAGAGUGAUCAGUGACGUUCUUUGUCUGAGAGCAUAUGGGGGACAUGAGGCAUGGGUUCCUGAAACGCCAACGGCCCCUCCGUCGGUUCAGCCAGCAAUUCAGCCAGCAGCUCCCCAGGCAGUCCCGGAAGGCUAUGGUAUGCCGUUGCCCGGAAAGGCCGAGGCGCAGGUCCAGCAAGAGCAGCUGGUGAUGCAGAUGAGCACGAAGACGAACAUGACUUUGCAGUAUUCCGAGAUGGCGCUAUCAGGAAAUGGCUGGAACAUGGAGGCUGCUCUGACGAACUUUGAACAACUCAAGGCACAAGGAACAUUACCUCCAGAGGCUUUCCUUCCCGGAACUGUCUAA